ACUUUGUCGCGGAUCCGCGCAGCUGCAGAAGCUUGUAAUGAGAAGGUUGCGUGGCCGAACUUUCUCAUCAACGGCUCCAAUGGCUCAUCAGCUUUGCGGGUUGGAACAGAUUGUAGUGGCUUGGAAGCUCCAGUGCAUGCCCUCCGUUCUAUGGGCCUGCUGCACAAACAUGUUUUCAGCUGCGAGAUCAAUCCGGCCCCCAGGACGAUGAUUGAAGCGAAUUGCUUGCCUGAGGAAGCUUUCAUGGACGACGUGAUUGUCAGCCCUGCUUGCGCAGUGCCCUUUGUGCAUUUGUAUGUGGCUGGGUUUUCCUGCAAACCAUUUUCCAUGCUUCACAACAAGACCAAGCUUCUUGAGGAAAAGGAGGCUGAGAUUUUCAAGGCAGUUCUUCGACGCAUCGGCAAGCUACGGCCUCCAUGCUUUGUCCUCGAGAACGUCAAAGGCAUCCAACGGUGCAUGGAGAAGGUACAAUCUAUGUUGCAGGACUUGUGCUACAUCGUAGCGGUUCAAUUGAUGGACCCUUCGAGUUUGGGGGAGCCCCUUCUCCGGCCACGUUUCUUUUUCAUCGGGCUGCGAACAGAUGUGGCCGCUUUCCCUGCAGGAGCCUCCAGGCACAUUCUCCAGCACAUUUGGACUGAGCUGGGGCAGGCAAAUGAACCUGCUCCUUUGGCUCAGCGGCUCUUACCAAGUGACCACCCGCUUGUGUCGCAGCACCAACAAUUCAGGAGGGCGCGAUGGUCUCAGGCAGCAACACUGGGGUUUCCAACCAGGUCACCCCACAUGAAAUGGAAGGAGCUGCAUGAUGAAUGGAAGGCCAAACAUUGCCACGCGGCUCCGUCAGCUUUUAGUUUCAGGGGCUGCUUGGCUGAUGAUUUGUUUUUGCAUUUACCCCGGGAGAGAGACGUUUGGGACAAGUUGCGCACGACAGUUGGGCAAGCUGACCAGUUUGUGUGCGAUUUGUCUCAAAGUUUGGGCCGCAACAGAGAGCGCACUGAUGGAAAGGUGCCUACCAUUACUCCCGGAUCCCACCUGAUCCUGGGCAGUGAGGGUCGAGCCCUGCUGCCGCACGAGGCUCUUCUGCUGCACGCAUUCCCACUCCACAAGAUGACUUUCCCAAGUUGCAUCUCAGCGACGGAUCUUGAGAACAUGGGCGGUAACACUAUGCACUGCCAGGUGGUUGGCAUUGCCAUGGUGAUUGCUUUGCUUCUUGUCAAUUGGGAGCUGCCUGCAGCCCAUCAGAGCCUUCCUGCAGCGGUAGCUGCUUCGGCUCCUUCGGCUCCUUUGGCUCUUGAGGCUGCGAAGCGUUUAGAAGAGCACUUGCGCAAACGCUUUGGAAUGCAGCCACCGACAUGGAGCAAGGCUGCUGCGCUUUUGCUAUGCUAUGGCUUGGGAAAAUGUCUCGUGGGCAGAGAGGCUUUUGAGAAGCCUGACCGGCGAGAGUGGAAGCCGGAGUCGCCAGCGAUGCCUCCACCUGCGAUCAGUGCAAGGCUGGCAGCAGACGAAAGGGUGAGCGCCUGCAAAGGUGGGCAGGCAGCCCUGGCAGCUUACAUGGCCUAUAGAAUCGGCUGUCGCAUCCCACCACUGGACAAGGACCCAGACAACCUGAUGCUGCAGAUCUUGCACGCUGAGAAUCCCUUUCUGAGGAUGGGGGAGUCCAGGCUGUCUUUUCUGGACAGUUGCAGAGGCAGCUUUGCCCACUCUGUGGUGAAGAGCCGUGGUGACAAGCUGACGGCCUGUUUGAAGAUUCUGGUGGCCAGUGCCAAAGUUCAGAAAUUGGAAGCCAGGGAGCAGUUAGCUUUAAUUAUGAUUGCAACGUACCUUCGCUCUGUGCAAUUUGGUGAGUUCUUGGUGGAUGAGUUGUCGGCUCGUCGGCCCUUGGCUUUGCUUCCGCUCGUUCAAAAGUUCUUCGAAGUCACCCAUGGGGUUGCCCAGCGAAAAGCUUUCCUGCCGCCCCGAGUUAUUUCCAAAAGGGGGCAGAAGGUCCGGCCGAACCGUGCCCUGGCGAAGCUUCGGAUGGCUGAUGUUCUGGCCAUGGCUGGCCAAUUUUUGGAUGGCAGCCUCGACAUUAUGUUCGUGUGCCAGGGCAAAGCUGAUUGGAUUGUCGACGUGGAUAUGUGCCUU